AGACAGGAUAAGGAACACUAGCGGAUUCGGCGGUGGGGUCGAGCCCAGGGAAAAAAAAAAAAAAAAAAGUUCAGUGCCGUCUGUUCGUCCGUCGUCGAGGGAAAAAAAAUUUCAGGCAAAAGCUCCUCUAGAACCUCGCCUUUUCUGUACAACCUCCCUCUUACACCCUAUCCCACCCCAUCUUCCUCUUUUCUCAAUUCUUCUCAUACCUAGACCAAAACUUCAAGCAGAAGGUCUUUAAUUAUCUUGACCCCCUUGAAGCCUGUAAUCAAGUGCAAGAGCACCACCCUUUACCCUUCUUUCCACGUACAACCCCUCACAUCCAGCAAAAUGGCCCAGCUUCCUGUCGCCCUCUACGGGCUCGAGAUCCCCCCCGGCGAAGUCCUCAUUCCCGCCUCCCCGGACUUCCCUGCCACUUUCCGCAUCACUAUGGCCGCCAUCGAUCCCACCGAGCCCCCUGAGGCUGAUGCCGAUGGCAACAUCCCCGCCGUCCCCCGUUCUACCCUGCGCCUGGUCAAGCAGCGCUUCGGCGACGACCUCGAGGCGAACGAGGACGAUGAGAUCGAUGAGGACUACCUCAAGUCUCUCCUUGCCGCCAACGGCGAUGACGAGUCAUCUGACGACGAUGAUGAGUCCAACGGUGGCCCUAGCGACCCUUCUAAGAAGCAGAAGCAGGCCGAGUCACUCAAGAAGCUGAUCGAGGCUGUCUCCGCCGAGGAGUCUGAUGAGGACAUGGACGACGCCAAGCCCAACGGUAAGUCCAGCAAGAAGGGCAAGGCCAAGGCCGCCGACGACGACGACGAGGAGGAGGAGGACAGCGAAGACGAGGACGACGAAGGUCUCGACCUUGAGAACUUCGUUCUCUGCACCCUCGAUACCGAGCGCAACUACCAGCAGCCCCUCGACAUCACUGUCCAGGAGGGCGAGAAGGUUUUCUUCGUCGUCUCCGGCACCCACACUGUCCACCUCACCGGUAACUACGUUAUCGAUGACGAGGAGGGGGGCUCCGAGGAUGAUGAGGAUGAGGAUGACGACGACGAGCUCGACGACACCGCCGACCCCCGCGUUAUGGAGAUCGACAGUGACGAGGAGGAGGCCCCCAAGCUGGUUGAGACCAGCAAGAAGGGCAAGAAGCGUGCCGCCGAGAGCCUCGACGACCUUAUCAAGGCCGAUGCCGACGACUCCAAGCUCUCCAAGAAGGACAAGAAGAAGCUCAAGAACAACAAGGGCGAGGCUGUUGCUACUGAGGAGAAGACCACUCCCAAGUCCGACAAGAAGGUCCAGUUCGCCAAGAACCUCGAGCAAGGCCCUACUGGCUCCGCCGAAAAGGCCAAGCAGGCUGGCAAGCCUGCCACCGGUGUCAGAGUCGUCCAGGGCGUCACCAUUGACGACCGUAAGGUUGGCACUGGCCGCGCUGUCAAGAACGGCGACACCGUCGGUGUCCGCUACAUCGGCAAGCUCGACGACGGCAAGGUUUUCGAUGCCAACAAGAAGGGCAAGCCUUUCUCGUUCAAGGCCGGCAAGGGCCAGGUCAUCAAGGGCUGGGACAUCGGUGUCCUUGGCAUGACCAUUGGUGGCGAGCGUCGUCUCACCAUCCCCGCUCACCUUGCCUACGGCUCCAAGAGCCUGCCCGGCAUCCCCGCCAACAGCACCUUGACCUUUGACGUCAAGCUGCUCGAGAUCAAGUAAACGGCGAUUUGCUGAACCGCACCACCGCCUUUGGCGACGAGACGCCGACUCAAGAUGCUCCCCACUGUAUUCUACACACUCGCCCAGCGAGUCUGCCAUGAAAGACAUGGCUUGGACUGGCCCAGUCCCGACGUCCCAUACGUCGACUUUCCCUUGUAAUGAUGCGUGAUGGCGAAAGAGGAAUCGCCAUAUCGCGCUUUGCGCCGUGCCGCAAUGGAUAGUCUCCGACCUGUGGCUAUCUGCGAAGAUCCGCAACCACCGGAUGCGAGAAGCAGAGUCUGUUUGAUGGGAUGACGAGGCAAGGACUUACACUGCAUUGGUUGGCGUACCAUAAAAAGAGUCUUUCUGUUGAUGUAGGAAUUUUUCUCACCGGACAUGGAUGGUUUCUUCCGGUCGGAUUGUACGUAGCUCCGGUUUUCUUUAACGAAAACAUCGUCUCCUUGCUUCUUACCUUACCCCUUUUAUGACAAUUGCUCCUGUUGUA